AUGGGCGGACCUGACAACGGCGGCCCAAGGUUGAAGUGUUCGAACGCUUGUAGUAGAAUGAAAUUCAACAACGACUACGCCAUCGCACCGACAAUGCUGUGAAACGAGGCAAGCCUCUGGUCAAGUCAACUCUACCCGCACAUAGCCUUGGGGGGCUUCCUUCGAGUACACGCUGUCAUCCUGACAACCACCCCUCGCGACGGGUGCCAACCCUCCGAUUCCCGCCGAACAGCUCGCCGCACUUACAUCGCUGCUGUCGGGUCUCACCGCUGCCGCUUCCGGCACUGCCACACCCGCCACGACGUCCGGCACCACUCGCACUGCCUUUCCAAAGCACGCACGCUUGGAUGGUGCGAAGACCUUCGCGAACUGGACACGCCAACUUCGCCUGUGCCUAGCAGACGACAUCCGCUCGUACGUCCUCGACGGUAUCGUACCCGACGACUGGACACCUUCGCAACGCUCCGCUCGCGACGCCGUCGCUCGUGAGGUCCUUGCGAACUCGAUUGACUCGGCCGAAGUCUCGGCAGUCCUCGACAAAAUCCCUACCGCCGACCUGACAGCACCGACAAUCUACUCGACGCUGAAAUCGCGGUACACCCCUGACGACGCUGUGAAGAGUCCACUCUCAGCUCGACAGGGGCGCCUCGGUCGUUGCGCGCGCCUGCUAGCCUGGCCCCUGUGGUGGGGACUUAGGCGCGCGCGAGUGCCUCAGCGCGCCGGCGCCGGCGGUUUUCGGGCGCGCGCCGCUAGCCCGCCCUUGCAGUGGGGACUUAGCCGCGCGCGACUGCCUCAGCGCUCCAGCGAUUUUGCCCGCGCCUGGGCAUAUCCCAGCGCGGGCCCCCUUUCCAUUUCUUAGCUUCCUUCUCAUCACUUCUGUUCGACUCUCGACUUCUCCUGACAGUAGUGGUGAUCAUCUCAUAGGUACGCUGAAAUAGAUCACUUCUGUUCGACUCUCGACUUCUCCUGACAGUAGUGGUGAUCAUCUCAUAGGUUAUAAGCCCAUCGAGCUACCGCUGGCAUGGACACGUCGUCAACCCUCGCGACGAGCGCCACCCCGACAAUUCCCGCCGAACAGCUUGCCGCACUUACAUCGCUGCUGUCGGGACUCACCGCUGCCGCUUCCGGCACUACCGCACCCGCCACGACAUCCGGCUCCAAUCACAAUGCCUUCCCGAAGCAUGCGCGGUUGGACGGGCCGAAGACGUUCGCGAACUGGACACGCCAGCUUCGCCUGUGCCUAGCGGACGACAUCCGCUCCUACGUCCUCGACGGAAUCACCCCCGACGAUUGGACGCCUUCGCAACGCUCCGCCCGCGACGUCGUGGCACGCGAGAUCCUUGCAAACUCAAUCGACUCGGCCGAAGUCUCGGCAGUCCUCGACAAGAUCCCUACGGCCGACCUCACAGCGCCCAAGAUUUACUCGACGCUGAAAUCGCGAUACGCCCCUGAUGACGCCACUCGCACGCUCGAGCUCUUCUCGCGACUCUGGGGCUUCCGACCCAUGCCCGGAACGGUUGGCGAAUUUGACAGUUGGAUCAUGGACUUCAAGUCGGUCGCGCAAGAGAUCAUCGAUACGAAAACGACGAUCAACGACGUCCUUGCCACACUCCUCCUCGCGAUCGCCCACCCGUCACUCGAGAGCUUCAAGGCAACGUUCACCGACGAACAACGCACGCAACGAACUCUCCCUGACAUCGAUUCAGUGGCCGACCGUAUGCGAGUUCAACUCCGGUCAACGAACCUCUCCAACGAUCAAUCGGCCCUCCUUGCCUCGUCGUCGCCACGUUCUACCCGUACCAAGUGCCUCGCCUGUCGCAGCCCUUCUCACCGCGUCGCACAAUGCCCUACAAGGGCCCAGCAUCCACCGCCAGGCCCGUGUCGCUCCUGCAAGAAGAAGGACCACUGGUCUUUCGACUGCAAAAAGGCUCUUGAGGACGGGAAAACGCCCGACACCUCUGAUGCGCAACACCAUGUCGGAUGUCUCGCCACCGGUCUUCUCGCACAUCGUCGUCAGCUUCGCAACAACUCCUUCGUCGUCGACUCGGGUGCCACUUCGCACAUGGUCUCGGACAAGUCGCUGUUCACGGCCUAUCGCCACAUCGCUCCUACGAAGAUUGGUGGUAUUGCAGGGGGCAUCAACGCCGUCGGAACGGGAAACAUCGCCUUUGUUGCCGCCUCCGGUCACCCGAUCACGCUUACCGGCGUGCUGCACACCCCGGGCCUGUCUGUCAACCUCCUCUCGGUCUCUCGACUUUGCGACACCGACGAUGUCCGUGUCGCCUUCACGAAGCACGGCAUCCAUAUCGACAAGAACGGCAAUGCUAUCGCUGAAGGCGCAAGACUCGAGGAAGGGCUCUACUUGCUGGACGCUGAUCAUUCCAAAUGUCAGCAUCUCGCUCUCCUCUCUCGCUCACAGUCUUCCGUGCCCCUGCUGACCCUUCACCGCUGCCUCGGCCAUCUCGCACCGUCGUCCAUACAGAAGAUGGUUGCCGCUGGUUUGCUGGAAGGUCUCGGGGCCGGAUAUAGUGACGAAGAGGUAGAGAAGUUUGUCUGCAAUGCUUGCCUCAGUGCAAAGGGCCAUCGUCUUCCUUUUCCCGAUUCGGACUCGCACUCCUCAGAGAGACUCGGCCUCGUACACAGCGAUGUGCUUUCCUUUCCCGAGUCGUCCUUGACUGGCAAGCGUUACCUGGUCACGUUUCUUGACGACUUCUCGCGCAAACUGUGGGCAUACGCGAUCGGACACAAAAGCGAAGUCUUUGGCGUGUUCAAGACAUGGCUUGCCGAGGUCGAACUCGAGACGGGUGCAAAACUGAAGGUCCUCCGAACCGACAAUGGUGGCGAAUACUGUUCGAGAGCGUUCACGGAAUUCUGUAAGGCACGCGGCACACGUCGACAAUACUCUAUCCCUCGAACGCCUCAACAGAACGGUCGUGCCGAACGAGUCAAUCGUUCUAUCGUCGAAGGUGUCCUUGCCCUCCUUGCAGACGCCCACUUACCCAAAUCAUUCUGGGAGGAGGCAGCAGCUUAUUUCGUCUACUGCAAGAACCUGUGCGAACACUCGGCCCUGGACAAGGCAACACCGAACUUCGCCUGGCAGGGCGACCGCACCAACGCCUCGGCGCUUCACCCGUUCGGCUGCACGGCUUGGCUCACAGUCGCGCCUGAACUUCGCUCGAAACUCGACCCGAAAGCGGUUCGCGUUCUCUUCACCGGCUAUGACCUGGCUUCUAAAGCCUUCCGUUUCUACGACACGACGACCAAGAAGAUCAGUUUGGGCAGAAAUGCCAGGUUCCUCGACAACGAAUUUCCCGGGUUACGUAGCGACUCCACCGAGCAAGACGCCGACACGCACUUCGCCAGCGCUUGCCCGACCACCGAAUCCCAAGCCGUUGUCAAGACAUGGACCCCACUAGUAAGGUCGGCGCACAUGGACGUCUCAUCCUCUCUUGAUGACUCUGCCAUGAGCGCCGUUGACGUGGCCCCAGGGUACACUGGCGGAACCUUACUUAAUUCCACAGAUGCCGAAUCGUCCUCGUCACCGUCUCCUGAGCCGUCCUCGUCACCGUCGCCCGCAACUCCCUUGUCACCGUCGCCUGCGCUGUCACCGUCGUUGGCUGCGUCAUCGUCACCCUCGGCCUUACCGACCGACUCUGACUACUCCGCCGACCCUCUGGACCUCAUCGGCUCACAGACCCCGACUCGCCUCGGCCCACCGGACGUGCACCGCCCAGACUUCAGCACGUACCGUGAGCCCGCAUCGGCUGAGGAGUCGCCCGACGAACUCGACAUCAUUGGGCGCCACUCGCGCGAUGAAUCGCCGGACGAAAUCGAUUUCCUCACCCAACACCACCGCGCCUUCAUCGCCACCGACGACGACAACUCUGACACAGAAGCCAUUCAACCAGUCAAGUCCAUCACCAGCGACCCACAGACAUGGCGCGAGGCAAUGUCGAGUGACAAGCGCGAAGUGUGGGCCAAGGCCGCUACCGACGAGUUCAAUUCCAUGCGCGACGACUUCAAGGUCUUCACCAUCGAGGACCGAUCCACGGUACCAGUGGGUGCGACCAUCGUCACAUCCAAGUUCGUCUGGAAAACGAAACGGAAUGCACUCGGCGAAGUCACCGGCCACAAGGCACGGCUCGUGGCGCAGGGAAAUCGGCAACGCGACGGCAUCGACUUCAACGAAACCUUCGCACCAGUCGCACGCUUCUCCUCGAUACGCUCACUCCUCGCGCUGGCGGCCGCCAACGGCUUGCACGUGCACCAGGCGGACAUCGACAAAGCCUAUCUGCAUGGCGACCUUGACCAUGACAUCUGGAUGACGACACCGCGCGGCUUCGACCUUCCCACCGACAAGGUGCUUCGUCUGCGACGCUCCAUCUACGGACUCAAACAGGCUGGCCGAAUCUGGAAUCGACACAUCGACGCAUCGCUUCGAGAUCUCGGCUAUACGGCGACGGGCACCGACCACUGCGUGUACUCUCGGAUCGACGAUCGGCGACGCCCACACUACAUCGCGCUGUACGUCGACGACCUCCUGAUGAUCAGCCCCGACUUGGCCGAAAUUGAACGUGUCAUCUCGGGCCUCGAACAACGCUACGGCGUCAAGCGCCUCGGCCCGGCAGAGUACAUCCUCGGCAUCCAGAUCAGGCGACUCGAAGACGGUUCUAUUGCCCUGUCCCAGGAACGGUACAUCAUGGACGUGCUUGCUCGGUUCCACUUCGACACCACGACUCGCGGCACUACAGUCCCGAUGACCCCCGGCCUUUCGCUCACCGCCAUCCCGGAUCAAGGCACCGAACGGAUCAGGUCAUGGUAUCUGCAGGCUAUCGGCUCGCUCCUCUACAUUUCGCUCGGCACCCGCCCCGACAUCGCCUUCGCCGUGUCCUACCUGGCCCGCUUCGCCAACAACCCUGGACGUCGUCACUGGAUCGCGGUCAAGCACAUCCUCCGCUAUCUCCGGGCCACAUAUCGCGACGAACUGGUUUAUGCUUGCGGCGAGACACGCAUCACGGGCGUGGUUGGCUACUCCGACGCGAACUGGGGGGCCUGCGUCGAUACGUCGGUGUCCACUAUGGGCUACGUCUUCUACAUUGCCGGAUCCGCCGUGUCUUGGUCGUCCAAGCGUCAAUCUCGAGUUGCCGAUUCUACCACCGACGCUGAAUACCUCGCCCUCUCGCAUGCUGGCAAGGAAGGGAUCUACCUCAGUCAGCUGCUCGAGGAGCUCCAUGUCCAACCUGUUGCACCGGCUCACAUUUUUACUGACAAUGAAGCCGCUGCCGCAGUUGCCCACGACCCUGUCCGCGUCUCCGGCACUCGACACAUACGCUUGCGCGAGCACUUUGUUCGGGACAUGGUGAAUCGGGGCGAUAUCUCACUCUCGCAUGUGGGAACCAGCAACAUGGUGGCCGACAUCUUCACAAAGGCUCUUGGCCCAAAGAUUUUCUCGACACACUGCUACGCACUAGGCCUUCGCACUCGACACCCACGGCUUGGAUCUGCCUCGCAUUCGCGUGGGGGGGGUGUGAAGAGUCCACUCUCAGCUCGACAGGGGCGCCUCGGUCGUUGCGCGCGCCUGCUAGCCUGGCCCCUGUGGUGGGGACUUAGGCGCGCGCGAGUGCCUCAGCGCGCCGGCGCCGGCGGUUUUCGGGCGCGCGCCGCUAGCCCGCCCUUGCAGUGGGGACUUAGCCGCGCGCGACUGCCUCAGCGCUCCAGCGAUUUCGCCCGCGCCUGGGCAUAUCCCAGCGCGGGCCCCCUUUCCAUUUCUUAGCUUCCUUCUCAUCACUUCUGUUCGACUCUCGACUUCUCCUGACAGUAGUGGUGAUCAUCUCAUAGGUACGCUGAAAUAGAUCACUUCUGUUCGACUCUCGACUUCUCCUGACAGUAGUGGUGAUCAUCUCAUAGACGCCACCCGCACGCUCGAGCUCUUCUCACGACUCUGGGGUUUCCGUCCCAUGCCCGGCACGGUUGCCGAAUUCGACGGGUGGAUCAUGGAGUUCAAAGCCGUUGCGCAAGAGAUCAUCGACACAAAGACGACUAUCAAUGAUGUUCUCGCCACACUCCUCCUUGCAAUCGCCCACCCGUCCCUCGAGAGUUUCAAGGCGUUGUUCACCGAUGAACAGCGCACGCAACGAACUCUCCCCGACAUUGAUUCGCUUGCCGACCGUAUGCGAGUCCAACUCCGGUCAACGAACAUCCCCAGCACUCAAUCGGCCCUUCUUGCCUCGUCGUCGUCACGUUCUACCCGUCCCAUGUGUCUCGCCUGUCGCAGCCCUUCGCACCGAGUCGCGGAGUGCCCUACGAGGGCGCAACACCCGCCGCCAGUGUUAAAUCGUGUGUCUCGAGAGGGGACUGGAUCGGCAACCAGUGAGUACACGAGACACAGUACGAGUGUUAGGAAGUAG